CCGCAGCGCCGUCUCCUUCCUCGCAUUCCUGCCCCCACAAAGGAGUCCCUCCGCCCCGCGCGAGGCCGCGGCGAGGAGGGGGCGCGGCCCGGCGCCUGGGAGCUUACAUUCCUCCGCCGCGCGCGCCGCCGAGCAGGGCGCCGCGUCCCCCUGCCCGCGCGUGGCCUCCGGAACGACCCCGGCCCGGCGCCGGCCCCGCCCCGCCCCGCGCCCAGGGGUCCCGGGGCGGGCUCCGGGCUUCGGGCGGACGAUGCGGCGGCCCGGCCGGAGCGGCGGCGGGAAGCGGAGGCGGAGGUGACGCGCCAGGGCCGGCGGGCCGGGCCAUGCAGCGCUCCCGGGCGGGCGCGGACGAGGCGGCCCUACUCCUGGCCGGGCUGGCCCUGCGGGAGCUGGAGCCCGGGUGCGGCUCUCCGGGUCGGGGGCGGCGGGGGCCGCGGCCUGGGCCUGGAGACGAGGCGGCGCCCGCGCUGGGCCGCAGAGGGAAGGGCAGCGGCGGCCCCGAGGCCGGGGCGGACGGACUGAGCCGCGGGGAGCGGGGUCCCCGGCGCGCGGCGGUUCCGGAGCUCAGCGCGCAGCCUGCGGGCAGCCCACGAGCCAGCCUGGCGGGGUCCGACGGCGGCGGCGGCGGCAGCGCCAGCGCCAGCGGCGGCAGCGCCAGCGCCCGAUCCAGCGGCAUCAGCCUGGGCUACGACCAGCGCCACGGCAGCCCGCGCUCCGGUCGCUCGGACCUGCGUCCCGGCCCCCGGCCGCCGUCGGUGGGCAGCGCCCGCUCCAGCGUGUCCAGCCUCGGCUCCCGGGGCUCGGCCGGCGCCUACGCUGACUUCCUCCCGCCCGGCGCCUGCCCCGCGCCCGCUCGCUCCCCGGAGCCUGCGGGGCCGGCCCCCUUCCCGCUGCCUGCACUCCCGCUGCCCCCGGGCCGGGAGGGCGGCCCAAGCGCGGCCGAGCGGCGGCUGGAGGCGCUCACCCGGGAGCUGGAGCGGGCGCUCGAGGCGCGCACGGCGCGGGACUACUUCGGCAUUUGCAUCAAGUGUGGGCUUGGCAUCUACGGAGCCCAGCAGGCGUGCCAGGCAAUGGGGAGUCUUUAUCACACUGACUGCUUCACCUGUGACUCGUGUGGGAGACGACUCCGUGGGAAGGCGUUCUACAACGUGGGUGAGAAAGUGUACUGCCAGGAGGACUUCCUGUACUCCGGGUUCCAGCAGACGGCCGACAAAUGCAGCGUGUGUGGACAUCUCAUCAUGGAAAUGAUCCUGCAGGCCCUGGGCAAGUCCUACCACCCAGGCUGCUUCCGGUGCUCCGUGUGCAAUGAGUGCCUGGACGGGGUUCCCUUCACCGUGGACGUGGAGAACAACAUCUACUGCGUGCGAGACUAUCACACGGUUUUUGCACCAAAAUGCGCCUCCUGUGCCCGUCCUAUCCUCCCUGCACAGGGCUGCGAGACAACCAUCCGUGUGGUGUCCAUGGACAGAGACUACCACGUGGCAUGUUACCACUGUGAGGCCUCUCCCCCUGCCUUCUGGGACUGGAAGUUCCUAGGAGUCCUGAAGCGCUGAGCUGCAGGAGGCUUCUCAUGGCCCCAGGACACACCCAUCACCCCAUCUGUAUUGAGAUGUUAUCUAGAGAGACGCCUCUAGUAAAAUCCGCUCUGUGACGGUGGUGUAUAAACAUUUUCUGUGCAAGGACCUUGCCCUCCUUUUCAAAAAAGUAAGUAUGACUCCCAUGUGAAAAUUUUCUUCUACAACACGACAUACGUUCAUUGUGGUACAUUUAGGAAAUUUAAAUGAUUUAUUUCUUAUAAAACAUCAUCUGUUUUUCUACUGGACCUGGCUUUUAUAAAUCAUGCGGUGAUAAAUAAUAUGGCAGUUAGAGCUGGGUGCGGUUGGCUCCUGCCUGUGGUCCCAGCUACCUGGGAGGCAGAGGCAGGAGGAUCGCUUGAGGCCAGGAUUCCAGGCUGCAGGGAGCUAUGACUGCCAGUGCACUCCAGCCAGGGUAACACAGCGAGACCCUGUGUUAGGCUGUUUUCACGCUGCUGAUAAAGACAUCCCCAAGACUGGGAAGAAAAAGAGGUUUAAUUGGAUUUACAGUUCCACAUGGCUGGGGAGGCCUCAGAAUCAUGGUGGGAGGCAAAAGGCACUUUCAUGGUGGCGGCAAGAGAAAAAUGACAGAGAUGCAAAAGCAGAAACCCCCGAUAAAACCAUCAGAUCUUGUGAGACUUCUUCACUACCAUGAGAACAGUGUGGGGGAAACUGCCCCCAUGAUUCAGAUUCUCUCCCACUGGGUCCCUCCCACAAAAUGUGGGAAUUAAGGGAGUACAGUUCAAGAUGAGAUUUGGGUGGAGACACAGAGCCAAACGAUAUCAUUCUGCCCCUGGCCCCUUCAAAUCUCAUGUCCUCACAUUUCAAAACCAAUCAUGACUUCCCAACAGUCCCCCAAAUUCUUAACUCAUUUCAGCAUUAAACCAAAAGUCCACAGUCCAAAGUCUAAUCUGAGACAAGGCAAGGCCCUUCCACCUAUGAGCCUGUAAAAUCAAAAGCAAGUUAGUUACUUCCUAGAUACAAUGGGGGUACAGGUAUUGGGUAAAUAUAGCCAUUCCAAAUGGGAGAAAUUGGCCAAAACAAAGGGGUUACAGGACCCAUGCAAGUCCAAAAUCCAGCGGGGCAGUCAAAUUUUGAAGCUCCAAAGUGAUUUCCUUUGACUCCAUGUCUCAUAUCCAAGUCACAGUGAUGCAAGAGGUGUGUUCCCAUAGUCUUAGGCAGCUCCACCCCUGUGGCUUUGCAGGGUAUAGCUCCCCUCCUGGUUUCUUUCAUGGGCUGGCAUUGAGUGUCUGCGGCUUUUCCAGGCACCUUGUGCAAGCUGUCAGUGUAUCUACCAUUCUGGUGUUUGGAGGAUGGUGGCCUUCUUCUUACAGCUCUACUAGGCAGUACCCCAGGAGGGAUACUGUGUUUGGGCUCCAACCCCACAUUUCCCUUCUGCUCUGCCCUAGCAGAGGUUCUCCAAGAGGGCCCCUCCCCUGCAGCAAACUUUUGCCUGGGCAUCCAGGCAUUUUCAUACAUCUUCUGAAAUCUAGAUCGAGGUUCCCAAACCUCAAUUCUUGACUUCUGUACACCCACAGGCUCAACACCACAUGGUGGCUGCCAAGGUUUGGGGUUUGCACUCUCUGAAACCAUGGGCUGAGCUGUACCUUGGCCCCUUUUAGCAAUGGCUGGAGUGGCUGGGACACAAGGCAGCAAGUCCUAGGCUGCACACAGCAUGGGGACUUUGGGUCCAGCCCACAAAACCAUUUUUUCCUCCUAGGCUUCUGGGUCUGUGAUGGGAAGACCAAUGACAUGCCCUGGAGACAUUUUCCCCAUUGUCUUGGGGUUAAACAUUCCCCUCCUUGUUACUUAUGCAAAUUUCUGCAGCCAGCUUGAAUUUCUUCUCAAAAAAUGGGUGUUUCUUUACUGCAUCAUCAGGCUACAAAUUUUCCAAUUUUUUAUGCUCUGUUUCCCUUUUAAAAUGGAAUGUUUUUAAACCCAAGUCACCUCUUGAAUGCUUUUCUGCUUAGAAAUUUCUUCCGCCAGAUACCCUAAAUUAUCUCUCUCAAGUUCAAAGUUCCACAAAUCUCUAGGGCAGGGGCAAAAUGCCGCCAAUCUCUUUGCUUAAACAUAACAAGAAUCACCUUUGCUCCAGUUCCCAACAAGUUCCUCAUCUCCAUCUGAGACCACAUCAGCCUGGACCUUAGUAUUCAUAUCACUAUCAGCAUUUUUAUCCAAUAUUAAACAAAUUUCUAGGAGGUUCCAAACUUUCCCACAUUUUCCUAUAUUCUUCUGAGCCCUCCAAACUGUUCCAGCCUCUGCCUGUUACCCAGUUCCAAAGUCGCUUCCACAUUUUCGGGUAUGUUUUCAGCAACACCCCACUCCCAGUACCAAUUUACUGUAUUAGUUUGUUUUCAUGCUGCUGAUAAAGACAUACCUGUGACUGGGAAGAAAAAGAGGUUUAAUGGGACUUGCAGCUCCACAUGGCUGGGAGGCCUCAGAAUCAUGGCCUGAGGCAAAAGGUACGUGGUAGCGGCAAGAGAAAAUGAAAGGUGCAAAAGCGGAAACCCUCGAUAAAACCAUGAGAUCUCGUGAGACAUAUUCACUACCAUGAGAACAAUAUGGGGGAAACUGCCCCCAUGAUUCAAAAUAUUUCCCAUUGGGUCCCUCCCACAACACGUGGGAAUUAUGGGAGUACAAUUCAAGAUGAGAUUUCGGUGGGGACACAGAGCCAAACCGUAUCAGACCCCGUCUCUACAAAAACAAAAACAAAACAAAAAAAAGUAGCUAUUUGUUUGGGCCUGGCUUUCGUUAUUUACCAAGGAUCAAGACCUGAACGUGAAAAUGGCAGGCCAAGGGUUCCUGCCUUUGGAUGCACAUGGCCACCUUGCCCACUAGAACAUCUGUGCCAAGCAGUGUUCCCAUCAGUCAUAGGAAAAUACCGUUUCCCGCAUCCUUACCAACCCUAGGUGUUGCCAAUAAGAAAACAAAGUCUGUAUCGAUUUGAUGAAAAUAAUUUGAAUGUGUGCAUUUGAUGAGCUGUGAGAAUGAGAAUCUUUUGCAUGCAUUGGCCAUGGGCUUCCCUUUUGUGAGUUGCCUGUGAAUGUCCUUUUCCCAGUUUACUAGUUUGGGAUUGAAUAUUCUUACACAUUUAUUUGGUGAAGAACUUUUAUUUCAAAUUAUGAAAGAAAAAAAUACUUGCUAGAAUUCUGAUUUGAAGUGCUUUCAAAUUCUGUGUUAAUUUGGAGCUGACACCCUUUAAUAUUGAGUCCUGGCUUUGAGGGUCUGGUGCAUUUCCUCCAUUCACUGAAGUUUUAUUUUACAUCUCUCAGUAGAGCUUUAUGGAUUAGGGUCUUCAGAAGCCUUACUUGUUUUUCUGGCUCUGUUUUCUUGUGCAGAAACUCCACCACUGUGCUAAAGAGACAGUGGUGGAGGUGCUGGGCAUGCUGCCUUUCUCCUGGCUCUAAUGGGAAGGCCAAGAGGCGGGUCAGGGUCAGACUCAACCUUGAGUCUGGCAUUGGCUGUUGGCAUCAUGAGGACCCCACGUAUCGUACUUUGAUAAAGUGAAUAAAUGGAAUUCUCCUUUACCUCAAGAAUGCCUUAUGUGUUGUGUGUAGCAUGCACCUUCCUGUGGAAACAACUUCACGUGUGAGAGAGAGCCCUGGCACGCAGGUGAUUUCAGGACCCCCAGCCCAUCCCAUGGCGCAGGAUCCAGGCAGCUGCGGUGCAGGCGAGGACCCCUGGCUGGGCGCGGUCCUGUGCGGGUCCCUGUGCGGUGCAGGCGUCCAUGCACUCUGAGACUCUCAGCCUGCUCUGUGGCCUGUCACGUUGUGUGUGGGGCAAGACGCUUGGGUGCACAUAUGUGAGAAUGGGACUGUGUGUGUGAGUGGAAUGCGCUGUUGGGAGCGUGUGGGGUGUGUGUGUGGCACCUGCAGUUGGGGUGUGUGACUGUGUAGGGUGGGGAUCUGUGAUUAUAUGAAUAUGAGGGUGUGAUUGUUGCUGGGACUGGGCACGUGGCUGCCUCUGUCUCUGCCUCUGUGUCUGAUAGAGACGGGAAGAGGUGGGGGAGGCCUUGUGUGGGGGCCCUGCGGGGCAGGGCCAGGGGAACCUUCCUCACUUUACACCAUCUGAGGACCCUCCCCAAGGGGAAAAGCCAGCUACAGUGGAAAAGCACUGGUGGAGUGGGCUUCAUCCUGGGGAGAGAGGCUGGGAGACUGCAGCUGAAAGGUGUGGGCUCCAGGAGGGCCGCAGGGGGCUGAGCGUCAGGGUCAGGGAACAGAGGGCCGCCCUCCCUCCAUCUUCCUUCCUUCUCUGGACCCUGUAGCAAUGUGUCCCCCUCCCACCCGCACAGCUGCAGGUGGAGCCAGCUGGGGGGCUCUCUAGAGGGAGUGGGGUCCUCUGAGGGCAGAGAGGGCCAGGAGGCUUCCUGAGGACCUGAGGCCCCUGUGGGCCUCCCAGGGCUGGGCCUGUGGUCUGAUCUGCUUUGCCCUGGGAGGGACGUGCUCAGUGGUGGGGUUUGUGUAGCUGUCACUCACUCACUUGCCUGUGCCCAGCCACUCACCUGUCUCUCCCAUCACCCCCCCACCCGAUACACACGUGGUUCCUCAACUACCAUGAGGGGAAGUUCCUGGGUGUCACACGCAUCCAUGCCACCCACCACACUGCAGGUUACAGGACUGCCCCACAAACACCAUCAUGUCUGCCUGAGGUUACCUGGCACACAGGUAUCCUCACCUGCAUAACAUGACCAGAUCAUGCACUUUC